AAAUGAAGUCUAUUCUACUUUUAUUCUCCCUGAUAGUGCUCGGCAGUGCAACAGAAGAAGUGAGCAGAACUGAGCAAACAUCGACAUUAUUCUCCGUCGAAGGCGAGAUCGCACUUCCAUCUACUCGAAAUUGUGCAAAAUGGUCCGCAGGUGCUCGUAUUCAUUUGAACCAUGGCCAAUAUAUGGGAUUUGUUCGUCAAGAUUGUACAUUCCGUGUUGAUUUCGUGCCUACUGGAACCUAUAUUGUUCAAAUCGAAAAUACAGAUUUUGUCUUUGAGCCAAUUCGCGUUGAUAUCACAUCAAAAGGAAAGAUGAGAGCUAGAAAAUUGACAAUUCUUCAGCCGAACAAUGUCAACACUCUCCCAUAUCCACUCCGUUUAUCAGCACGAGGUCCUGCUCGUUACUUCAGAAAACGUGAAGAAUGGAGAAUCACUGAUAUGCUGUUCAGUCCGAUGGUUUUGAUGCUCGUUGUGCCACUUGUUGUCAUGCUAAUUCUUCCAAAAAUGACAGCAAAUGAUCCCGAACUCAAAAAAGAAAUGGAGAACAUGCAAAUGCCAAAAGUUGAUAUGCCAGAUGUCGGUGAAAUGAUGGCUAACUUCUUUGGAGGAUCCGCACCUGCCAAAAAGAAAGCAGUAACUGGAGGAAGUGGCAGUGGACAACGAAGAAAAUAAAUAUUCUCAAAAUGACAAACUCGAAAUGCCGUAAUUCCUUCCACAAUUCAUGAAAUGUAUCGAUUGGUUACCGUUUUUGAAUUUAAUGUAUUGUUCUCAAAACCGCUUCAAAAUAGUCAGCCUCUGUCAAUCCGGGUGGACUUUUAUAAAUUCCCUUUCGUGAUCUAUUCAUAUUUUUAUUUGCUCUAUUGUAAUAACUAUUUAGAUAAAUGAAUAUUAAUCAU